UAAACCCAAAACUAGAGCGGAGAUGGAAAAAGGGCCUUUUGAAAGGUCAAGCCACGCAGCAUUCGACGACGGAGGGAAAUAAGGCAUCCAAGAGUUGGUCACUUAUCCGCGCACUAUCACGCGGAACCCGCUCCAAGAAAGGAGCGAUGACACGGCGCCUGUUCACUCUCACUCACCUCCAAAAGCACAGAAGAGGUUGAUCCCUUCAUAUUCUUCCACUUCUCUCUGAAACACCUCCUCCUAUGUUUCUCUCUCAACAAUUCGAUUGAUCGUGGUUUAGAUGGAUCGUAAAGAAGGGGGAGAAAAAGAGAUGCAACAAGAGCAGCAGCAAGAAAAGGGAGGUGGAGGUGGAGGAGGAGGAGGAGAUGGAGAGGAGGAGAAGCAAACCCUAAUUAUCCCGGGCCUCCCCAACGACGUGGCGCGUCUGUGCCUGGCAUGCUUGCCCUUCUCCCACCAUGCGCGCCUGAAAUGCGUUUCCAGGUCGUGGCGGUCGGCCCUCUCCUCCAGAUCCCUCUUUGAUAUCCGCUCCCAAUGGGGGAAGGGGGAGGACCUCCUCUGCGUCUUCCCAGAGGACCCGUCGCUGAGCCCUGGUGGCCUCUUCGACCCAAGGAGAUGCGUGUGGUCCCCCAUCCACCCCAUGCCCUGUGACCCUUCGCGUUACGGCCUCUCCAACUUUGGGUGCGUGGCCCUCGGUCCUACUGUCUACGUCCUCGGGGGCUCCCUCUUUGAUGCCAGGACCUUUCCCAUGGACCGCCCCACUCCCUCCUCGGCUGUCUUCUGCUACGACCUCGUGCGUCUCUCGUGGGCCCCACGGUCCCCGAUGCUCACUCCCCGUGGGAGCUUUGCGUGCGGUGCCUGCGGCGGGUCCACCAUUGUGGUGGCUGGGGGUGGCUCCCGCCACGCCCAGUUUGGGGUUGGUGGGAGCAGGGUGAGUGCUGUUGAGAGGUAUGAUUCAAGGAGUGAUGUUUGGGAGGCCGAGAAGGGGCUUCCUGAAGUCAGGGCAGGUUGCACGGGCUUUGUUUUGGGCGAUGACUUUUGGGUGAUGGGGGGUUAUGGAUUGUACCGCACUGUAUCGGGGGUGUUUCCAGUGGAUGAUUAUUAUAGGGAUGGGGCGGUGCUUGGUUUGGAGAGCGGGCAAUGGAGGGAGAUCCUGCCCAUGUGGGAAGAGGGCGAGAGGUCGCGACUUGGUCAGGUUGUUGUGCUACGAAAAGGAGGAGAUGAUGGUGCCUCUGCUUCUUGGGCCAUUUUUAUGCUUGAUGGCUGUUUUAUAUUCAGGUUAUGCAGAUUUGAUGCGGUUUCAAACAAAUGGCUAAAGGAAUCAACCUUACCAAAGAAGGUCCCUUCAAAUUUGAGUUGUGGAUUUGCAGCGCUGAACGGACAGCUGCAUGUAAUGAUGCCUUCGACAAGUCAUCAUCAAAAGAGCUACACUAUGAAGUUGAUAAUUCAGGUUUACAACCCAAGGAAGAGGAGUUGGAGAUUCUUGCACACUAAGCCGCCUUUCCAGAAUCCCUUGGACUUCAAAUGUGCUGCCAUGUGUACUAUCCACCUUUAAAGGAGAAAAGACAGUUGUGUAUAUAUUCUCAUCCUGCUUAUGUGCAGUCUGAAGUUGAUAUGUAUUAAGGAGAUCUUGUUGUAUUGCUCUCCCUCUCUCUCUCUCUCUCUCUCUCUAUUUUCUUACAGUUCAGAAAUGUACGUGCAUUUGUAUGAUCAUGUAGAGCAUUGACAGUUGAAAGAUAGAUGUACAGUGAAAGCAUUGACUGGACAGCAAAUUUUAAUGGGGAAGUUGUUCAUGAUUUGUAUA